AUGUCCGGCACCAAACUGGAGGACUCCCCCCCUUGUCGCAACUGGUCAUCUGCUCCGGAGCUGAAUGCAACUCAAGAGCCCUUUUUAAACCCCACCGACUAUGACGACGAGGAAUUCCUGCGGUACCUGUGGAGGGAAUACCUCCACCCCAAAGAAUACGAGUGGGUCCUGAUCGCUGGCUACAUCAUCGUGUUCGUGGUGGCUCUCAUCGGGAACGUCCUGGUUUGUGUGGCCGUGUGGAAGAACCACCACAUGAGGACAGUGACCAAUUACUUCAUCGUCAACCUUUCUCUGGCUGACGUGCUCGUGACCAUCACCUGCCUUCCAGCCACUUUAGUAGUGGACAUCACUGAGACCUGGUUCUUUGGACAAUCCCUCUGUAAAGUGAUUCCUUAUUUACAGACCGUGUCAGUGUCUGUGUCUGUCCUCACACUGAGCUGCAUUGCCUUGGAUCGGUGGUAUGCGAUCUGUCACCCUUUGAUGUUUAAAAGCACAGCCAAGCGGGCCCGGAACAGCAUCGUCAUCAUCUGGAUCGUGUCCUGCAUCAUAAUGAUCCCUCAGGCCAUCGUCAUGGAGUGCAGCACCAUGCUCCCUGGCUUAGCCAAUAAAACCACUCUCUUUACAGUCUGUGAUGAGCACUGGGGCGGUGAAAUUUACCCCAAGAUUUAUCACAUCUGUUUCUUUCUGGUGACCUACAUGGCACCACUGUGUCUUAUGGUGUUGGCCUAUCUGCAAAUAUUUCGUAAACUCUGGUGCCGACAGAUUCCUGGAACAUCAUCUGUAGUUCAGAGAAAAUGGAAGGCCCUGCAGCCUCUUUCACAGCCUCGGGGGUCAGAACAGCAGACCAAAUCCAGGAUUAGCGCUGUGGCCGCUGAAAUAAAGCAGAUCCGAGCCAGACGGAAAACAGCCCGGAUGCUGAUGGUUGUGCUUUUGGUGUUUGCAAUUUGCUAUCUACCAAUUAGCAUCCUCAAUGUGCUAAAGAGAGUAUUUGGGAUGUUUACCCACACAGAAGACAGAGAGACUGUAUAUGCCUGGUUUACCUUUUCACAUUGGCUUGUAUAUGCCAAUAGUGCUGCGAACCCAAUUAUUUAUAAUUUUCUCAGUGGAAAAUUUCGAGAGGAAUUUAAAGCUGCAUUUUCUUGCUGUUGCCUUGGAGCUCAUCACCGCCAGGAGGAUCCGCUAGCCCGGGGACGGACGAGCACUGAGAGCCGAAAGUCCCUGACCACCCAGAUCAGCAACAUUGAUAACAUAUCAAAACUGUCCGAGCAGGUCGUGCUCACGAGCAUUAGCACACUCCCAGCGGCCAACGGUGCGGGGCCACUCCAAAACUGGUAUCUACAACAGGGACCACCGUCAUCACUACUGUCAACCUGA